CGCCUACUUAUGCUGAAGGCCUAAUUUGUACAUCACAGAAAAAGAUAGGGGUUUCUUGCGCAUAAUACUGGAAAAUACACAAAAGGUAAACCUUUCUCUAAUAUUACAAAUUAAUUUUUUUUUUUUUUCCGAGACUCCGCUCGGUCCAAUCCUGAACCAUGGCAAUGUCGGUUGGGAUCGGAGAAGCAAAUUCCGUCACCGGCGGUGGAGGUGGAACCUUAUCAGAACUAUACCAAAGUUCCAGGCGACUCUUACUCAAAUCUCGUGAUGGUUUAGAGAAACUUGAGCGUUUCGAAUACACUUCCUCUUCUUCUUCGUCCUCUUCAUCUUCGAGUAGCGUUAUGGCUGAUCCGUCAGAACAGUCGUUUGACGCUGUAAGGAAAGAUAUCGCACAGAUCCAGUCUCUUUGUUCCGAAAUGGAACUUCUCUGGCGAUCUAUUCCUGCUAAAUCUCAACGUGAUCUCUGGAAAAGAAAAGUGGAACAAGUGGCCGAAGAAGCUGACUCUUUGAAAGCUAGUCUGGAUAAAUAUAAUUUAAGACAUCAGCGGCGUAUGCAAGAAGCCCGGGAAAGAGCAGAACUGAUUGGAAGAACUAACGGUGAUUCAUCCCAUGUUCUGAGGAUUUUUGAUGACGAAGCACAGGCAAUGCAAUCUGCUCGUAGGUCAUCCAGAAUGAUGGAAGAAACCCUGUCAACAGGUGUGGCCAUUCUAUCUAAAUAUAGUGAGCAAAGGGAUCGUUUGAAGAGAGCCCAACGUAAAGCACUGGACGUGCUCAACACUUUGGGGCUAUCAAAUUCUGUAAUGAGACUCAUUGAGAAGAGGAAUCGCGUUGAUAGAUGGAUCAAAUAUGCAGGGAUGGUCUUAACAAUCGUAAUCCUGAUUUUCAUUUGGAGGUGGACAAGAUGAUAGGUGCUAUAUCAUCAAGUUGACCACUAAAAUUCGCACAUUUUCUUGUGGUAGUAUUGAGAGCAAUGAGAUUGUGAGAAUGAAGCAAAAGGAAUCGAGGGGAAUUCGACUUGUGUAGCCAUUGAACUCAUGCAGAAAUCCUGACAAGCUUUGGGAUGUAAAGUGUCAAAAAACAUUAUUUUUGGAAACAAUAGUGUAGCAAUGAAGUUACCAAAUUUAUGCUUUAUAAUCGCAUGCCAUUGUGAUUAAAAGACAAGCCACUGCCGUCCACUGCCGUUUCCUUCUUCACAUAUUUCUUUUCCGGUUAUUGUGUGCAUUUUAUUAGAGAUAUGAAAAAAGCUUACUAUAAGGAGAAUUGAGCUCAGAAUAAACUCUACUAUUUGGGAGCUAAUGCAGCUGUUUCUAAGAUUCUUUUACGUUUUCUUUGA